GGCCCUCAAGCUGAGACUUGUCUCUUAUUUAGUUCUGGGGAGUGCCUGGCCGACAUGAGUGAUGUAGAGGAGAACAACUUCGAGGGCAGAGAGUCUCGCUCUCAGUCAAGAUCUUCAACGGGAACUCCUGCUCAUGUAAAAUCGGAGAGCAGGUCAGGAUCUCGUAGUCCAUCAAGAGUUUCCAAACACUUUGAAUCCCAUUCUCGAUCAAGAUCAAAAUCCAGGUCGGGGUCAAGGAGGCAUUCUCAUAGACGUUACACUGGAUCCAGAUCCCAUUCUCACUCUCAUAGGAGAUGACCUCUAAGUAGGUCCUAUACACCAGAAUACCAUCGUCGAAGGAGCCGAAGUCAUUCUCCAGUGUCUAACCUUAGAAGACAUACAGGCAGCAGGGCAAAUCCAGAUCCCAACACUUGUCUAGGAGUGUUUGGCCUCCGUUUGUACACAACAGAGAGAGAUCUUUGCAAAGUAUUUUCUCGAUAUGGACCAUUGAGUGGUGUCAGUGUGGUUUAUUACCAGCGAACUGGACGAUCACGAGGGUUUGCUUUUGUUUAUUUCCAGAGAAUAGAUGACUCAAAGGAGGCUAUGGAAAGGGCAAAUGGAAUGGAGCUGGACGGUAGAAGAAUUCAUGUAGAUUAUUCUAUCACCAAGAGAGCGCACAUACCUACACCAGACAUAUACAUGGGCAGACCAACUCAUAGUGGUGGAGGUGGAGGAGGUGGCAGACGUCGAGAUUCUUACUGUGAUAGAGGAUAUGAUCGUGGGUACAACAGAUAUGAAGACUAUGAUUACCGAUACAGAAGAUCACCUUCUCCUUACUAUAGUCAAUACAGAUCACGAUCAAGAUAUCGUUCCUGGCCUUCCCUGCUGGCGCAGUGCUUCUGA